AUGAUGUCGUGCCGCGGCGGUCCCUCCGACUACGUGGGCGCCCUCGUGCUGGAGAUCGCCAAACUCAUGGAGGAGAGGGCCUACAGGCGUCACCUGCAGCCCUGCUUGACGGCGAGGCAGCGGGCGCACCUUUGGGCGUUGCGGAGUCAGGCGCUAUUUGGCGACGCACCCACUGACGGCGAGGGCCCGGCCCCCAACGGGCAAGGGAAACGCGGGGAAACGACGCAGCAGCAAGUGACCUCCACGAAGGUGACGGAGGUGGAAAAGGUGAACGUGCCCCAACGGCCACCCCAUUGGUAUCAGUUCACAAUGCGUUUUUAUUACUCGGCGUGGGUUGCGCUGCGGGGGACGAUGACGCCGCAGCUUGCCGGUGAGGCUCUCUGCACCGAGUUUUUCUACCUGCUCAAGGUGCAUAAGGUCCCUGCCAUGCUGCCUCUCAUGGAGGCCGCCGUCAACGCCGCCCGCGCAAAGGCAGUCACCUCCAAUUUUGCAGCGAAGGAACGUGACAGUUUUGGGGAUGGUAGCAGCACCCAUAACCCCGUGAGGCCUGGUGACGGUUUUUACGUUCGCGGAUUUCACGGGGACCCUGUCGUGAUUGCGUUUCUCUGGCUCUGCCGGGCUCAAUCGAUCCCGUGUGAGGUGGAGUUUGAGCCGCUCUCGUUGAACCUGUCAGAGGGCGAGGAGGAUCUUUUUCUUGUCAAGUCCUUGGCCCAAAAUGCUGUGACGACUGAGCCUUUGGCGGCAUUUGUGCUGUGUGUUGAAUUGUAUCUGCCGCAAAUUGGCCAUUGGCUAGGGGCAACCUCUCCCAGCUUGGCGUCGUCACCCCACACAACGCGUGCGUUGCAGAAAAGUGCCUGGUUAGAGUAUAUGCACCACGUCUUGGUAUAUCUUCGAGCCCCAUUGCUGCGUUUUAUGCGGGAAGUGGCUAGACAAGAGACGCAGUGUGCGUCACCGCAAGGAAAACCGCCCUCAAAGCCGCGUACAGGUGGCAAGGCGGAUGCGUCUGAGGCCUUGCAACGGCGUCGAGAGCUGUCUAAGGUGGCUAUGAAAUCACUAGCACUUUAUGAACGAUUUGCCCAUCACUACUAUGCAACCAAUCCACAGACGAUAGUGUCCGUGGCAGAGUUGUGUGUGGCGGCCUACAGUUUUGUUGUCUGUACGAGUCCGCUUUGUAACGAGUUGUUCCCUCCACUUGAGGCAGUGUCAUCGGCCCUGGGUCAAACUGGAGUGCACGUGGCCGUACCAUGCGGUUACCGUGUUUCGCCUUAUAGAGGCGGUCAGGUGAAUGACUCGGUGGCGGUGCCCUCGCGGGAUACGAUGGCGUUGCUUAGCGGAGUCCCGACGCCCUACCGGGAUCUCGCGACACGCAUCUUGCACGGUGCCGUCUCCCUGCACUCCCCCUCCGUUACGGUUUGCAUUGGUGCAGAUGGUGAAGGCUACAAAAGUAAACAUUUGGGAACAAAGAAAUCGGCCUCUUCGAGCGACUGGCUCCUUCGCCUCGAUUCGGCCUGGGAUGGGGUCGCCCCAGGUGCGAAUGAAGCUGCUAUGCUUGUUAUUGAUCAAUUGAUUAAACUCACGUGCGCCCCGCUUUGGCAAAGUCUUGCCGAGACACUUUCGCAGGCAUGGUGCACCGCCAACGAACAGUGCAUCGGUUUCCCGUUCCUCUUACUGGAUAAGGAGCAACGUAAUUUCGUCACGACGCCCACCGCCCACCCUGCCUCUGUGCCACGCCAUGAAGCACCGUGGAAGGAGGGUAAGGCGGCGGCGGUGGCUCGCGCGUACUGGUUAAAGUUGCGCGCCGCAUUUGGUGCAUCCGAGUCAUCCUCUGAACGCAGGACUUACCGAAGCUCCGCAGCGAAGCUAUAA